GGAGCGCACCCCCUGGAUCCUUCUUUACCACGGUAAAGCAGUUGAUAGUUAACAAGUAGAUUAUCUACCUUACUUUUGUAAACGCCAUUUGUAACUGUUAAUUAGAUAAUUUCGGAUUGACUUACAACAUCAGUACUGUGUUUUGGAAUAGGUCUGCUAGUCGCUUCUAAAGCGGGAAAAGGAAGAGGAGAAUGGAUACAAAAGAAAAUGUCGAGAGCACGUUUGACCAGCCUUUGCACCCGGAACAAAAUGCACAACAGCAAGACACAUGCGCUACAGGGGGUCAAGUCUCACAACAAACUAAUAACAAGAAAGACAAACAAGCAACUGCGCAGAAACGUGGAGCUGUUCGAAUGGCAGGUUUUCUAUUUUGGGUUAACCUUGCAGGCAUACUGAUGUUGCUUGUUGGGUUUGUUGCCCCUGGUUGGUUGACAAUUAAGGCUAAUCAAAAAAUGCAUAAAAGUUCAUACUCAUAUGAUAGUGGAACUCCUAGCCAUUUAUACAAUGUGUACCAGGACUAUGCUCUAUGGUAUGUCACUCAGUGUUAUGAGCACGACGGCAGGAACACUGUGUGUGAAACGAUGACGUACCGAACGAUUGACGAUGUUUAUGGAGGAAACAAUAACGAUUAUGAGAAGAUUGAAAUUGGAGAAAUGGAAAAAGUUGGAGACGACCGGUUCACUUUUCCCAGGCCGGGUUUGGGGUGA